AUGUUUAGUACAGAAGAAUUCAUUCUACAGUAUUAGAAGCUUGCUAAUCCAGACAAAACAAUUAGCCAUUAAGCAAAUUAAUACAUUCUUAAAUUAUAAUAAAGCAAGGAAGCCUUGAGGAUUGCAAAAUAAUUAUUAGACUAACCAAAUAUUUAAUAGGAAUAUUAAUUCAUAGCUUGUUAGAUGAUAUACAGAAGAUUGAAAGAAGAGUGCAAUAUUUAAAUUUAAUAAUAUCUUCUAGAAAUUAUUGGCUAGACCUUUACCAAAUGUUGCCAUGAAUUAGGUAUGUUCUUCUUUAGCUGUGAUCGUUGUUGGAAAUAGAUCAUUAUGGGGAGGGAACUGAUUUAGUUAAUGAAAUCGAGGAUGGCAAUUGGGAUAGAAAUUUUAACAUAAAUUGCAAUACAAGGAAAGGAAUGGUAUAAAAAAAGUGAAUAAUUAAGAUUGCAAUAAGAAUUUAUUUCUCAGGAAAAUACUUUAUCAGAAAUAUUCAUUAGUUUACUUUAGGUUUAAGACUUGAGUAUAUUUAAUUAAACAGUGAAAUGUAUUGAAUGUUGGACUUAAAAUUAACUAGAGAAAUAUUAAACUUAGUAUAUUAAACAUGACAAAUUAUUUGCAUUGUUAAAUGAAGGUGUUAUUUACUCAUAAUACAAUAGACAAUAAAAUGUAAACUAGAUUGAUUCUUAAGUGUUAUAGAAUUUAAACUUUAUUCUUGAGUUUAUCAUAUCAAUAUACAAUCCUCUGUCUUCAAAGGGAUAUGUUUCAUUCACCACCAAAUUUUUAUGUGAUUUCUAUGUACUUGUGUUGAAUUCGAAAUAUGAAAAGGAUGUUUUUAAUUUGAUGGGUAAUAUUAUUAGUAAUCCAUCAAGGAAUAUUGCAUUUUAAACUUUUGAAUUUUGGAAUCAGAUGAGAGAAUAUAAUAACUUAUAAGGGUUCGGUUUAAAUAUAUUAUAAACUAUGAUUGAUAAAUGUAGAAUGAAAACAAUAAAAUUAACAAAGGAAUUUAUUUAAGGAGAACGUGAAGAGGAAGAGGAGAAUGAUUAUAAUCUUAAAUAUUGUAAUGAAACAGAAGAACAUUAAAUUUCAACAUCUGAUUUUAGAGAGCAUUCCAAAGAUAUCUUUUAUAGUAUUUAUAAGAGUGCCGAAAUUAAUAUGGAAUCAGAUCAAUAUUUGUAAGUUGUAUUAAACAAUUUGAUCAUACCCAAUUCUUUUGCUCACAAUCAGAUACUUCAAAGUGAAUCUGCAUUAUUUUCAUUGUAUUCAAUCAUCGAACAGGCUGAUAUUUCAGUCAAUAACCAAUUAAUAUUGCAAAUAAUUUAAGUUAUUUUAUCAUUACCUGUUCAUUCUAACUUUGAUAUCAUUGUUAAAACAUCUUUAUAACUAUUUAGUGAGUUUACUAAUCAAUUACAAUUACAUAAUGACGUUUUGCUUUAAUUAACUUAAUAUUUUUUCAAAUACAUGCUUCAUCCAUUGCUAGGACCUUUGGCAGGAGUAGCAUUCGAACAGAUCUGCAACUUAAGCAGUAUGGAUAAUGUUGAACUAAUAUCUGAAAGUGUCAAAUUCUUAGAGUUGCAUUUCUAUGAGUUCAUCAAUCAAUCCCAAGUAAGUAACUAUAUUGAGGGAAUAAUAAAGCUGUGUUUUCGGUUAUUUGAAGAAGGUAAGCCGGAUUGUUUAAUUUAGUUAUUUAAAUUUGCAAAUCAUCAGUUUUAAUAAGUUUGUAAUCCCCAAGUGACUGAGAAGUAGUUUCAUUAUAAUAAUUCUUUGGUGGUCGCAAUAUUCUAAUGGGUGAACUUGAAUGCGAAAGAGAAUGAUUAGAUCAAGUAACUCUUGGAACUGUUAUGUCAAUCAAUUUUUGAACCCUUGUUAAUUGUUUUAAAAGGGUAAUAUACUUUCUCAUUUUUUGAUGAUACUUUCAAAUUAAUUCAAAUUAUACUCAAAGUGUCAAACUUUUCAAAUUAAUAAUAGGUAAUUCAUCUCUUGUAAAUAUCUUAUUAAAUAUUUCAUUCUGAUCCAAUUCAGAAGCAUCAUUGGCUAUAAUUAAUUACCUAAGUAAUCAGUAGAUCUAUCGAUCACUAAUUUAUUGUUUAGUGGGCAAUGGUUAAUGAUCAUUAAAUUCAUUUGUUUUGCAUAGAAUCCUUUAAUCGUUGGAAAGAUCCCGAUCUAAUGAAAGUUUAUGUUGAAUACAUCAAAGAGUGCAUUAGAUGUUGUCCAUAGGUUCUCUUUGAAUCACCUUACUUGUAAAAAAUUAUCGAUGUAAUCUGCGAUGCCUUUAUUAAUUUAUGCUCUUUUGAAAUGCAUAGAGAGAUCUUACACUUUUUUAAAUUUUUGUUUUAGUCUUUAGAGAAUAGUAAAGAGUAUUUCAAUCCCUUGGUGGUAAGGGUUGUCUCUACCAUAUUUAUGUCAAUUAGCGAUAUAAAUCCUGCAAUAGUAUUUUAAGUAAUUUAAAUUUUACUGUUAAUAUUGAAAAAAUAAGUGAAUUCAAAUGAAUUGGAAGAAUUAAUUUUUUAAACAUUACAAAAAAGUUGGGGAAAAGAUAAACCAGCACAGAAAGUUAAAUUAGUCAGUUAAGCCAUAAUUUCAUACAUAUUGAAAUCUGAGUAAGGAGAAGUCAAUAAGGAUUUGAAAAUACUACUUGAGAACUUGCGACCUUAAAGUGAAGAAGAAAUCAAUUAUGUUCAAUUAGAAAUAGUAAUUAAACGAAAGUGA